AUUUUUGCUUCCAUAUAUGACAAAUGCGGAACGAGAUACAAAUGUUACACCACAUGCUGAUAUUUCGACAAGUUUCGAGGAAACAGCUAAUACAGAUGUUAGUAGAGAUUCAGCAGAUACGAUAAUAGCUCCAAAAAAAAGGAAGACGGAUGAAAUAAUUCAUAAUGACGAGGAUUUGUUAAAUUUUUAAAAGAUAUGGAUCAUAAUCGAGCAAAACGAACUGCGCAGAGGGAUGAGUUACGUAAAGAAGUACUAACAUCAAGUGAUCCUUUAAAAGCUUUUUUUGAUUCAAUGUAUCAUAGUACAAAGCAGAUGCCGGAGUAUUAUCAAAGAACAAUAAAAAGAAAGUUGUUUCAAUUGGUAAUGGAUGCUGAAGACAAUAUUGCUAAUACAAACUAUUCAUAUACCGGUUACUACUCAAACGAUUAUUCUUACAACUCUCGCCCUUCUACGAGUCAGACCAAUUUCUCUUCUGAACACGAUGCUGCCUCACCUGAACCCAGCGGUUCUGGUGUGCAGCAAAUUGGAAUUGGAGCACAUACUACUCGUAGCCAAAACGAAGAGAUCCAAGAUUCAAUGUCUGCCGCUGAAAUCAGUCCAAGCGAUGGAGCCUUACCUUAA